AUGUCCACCAACGGCUCCUCCGCUCUCUUCGACAUGAGCAAAAUCCCUGCACCCAACAGUCCCAACGGAUUGGACGCCAUGUUCGGCAUCAAGCCCACUGUCAGUCCCGAACUGCCAUCAAUGCCAAAAGAACCUACCUCCUCCCCCAUCGCAUCGCCUGACGAACACACUAAGCCCAACAUUCUCAUUCCCCUUCCUGUCCCUUUCAGCGACAGAUAUAUCACCGAUCGCCAAGUCGUCACUAAACCGAUCCUCUGGGACCAACUCAAAAACUUUACCUACGGCGAGGAACCGGAUUUUGAGCUCCACAUCUACGACCCUACCACAGAACUCUCCGUGACCCUUCUCCCUAUUGAGAUAUGGGCCGCAAUCCGGAAAGGCGAGGAAUUGCGAGAAGGAAAAAACCAUGUGUUCCACACGUCAAAUGAUACAUCCAUGUACAGCCUUCUUGCUGCUGCUUGGAACAGCGAGGAACUAGUCCCGAAACACCUUCGUUUCCCUACCAUCGAUGGGACGCUCGUAUACCCCCUUGGUUCAAAAACUCCUGGCCCGGUUUUCUUCGGGUUGACCGCUCAUAAUCCCCGCUACAAGAAUCAUGUUGAACAAGACAUGAUGUCCCGUCGCAUACCCCACGUCAAGAAACAAACACCUCCCCCUCCUAACCCUCACAACACCCCUGUUGCAUCCACCUCGUCCAAAAAGCCAUCCCGAUCCAAGGGAUUCCACAAGAAUGGGCGCCAUAACCAUGGCCUCGCUACUGCCCAGGAAUUCAUGACGCGCGCUUUGCUCAACCAGGGAUUGAUCCUCGAACAAGAGCUCAAAAACAGAAAAUAG